ACCAUUCUUCCUCAAACUCCAAAUAAUCUCAGAUUUCCCUUUCUUUUGUCCCCAUUAUAAAUUUCAGGUACCCAUUUGGUCAUUAUUUCCAAUGGCCAGAUCAAACAUUCAACUCAACAAAGCAUUUAAUGGAUUAUUUGGACUGGUCUUUUGUAUGAUAUUCUUGAUGAACAAGGCUUGUGCAAGAGAAUUUCAAGUUGGAGGACCAAAGGGAUGGAGUGUUCCACCUAAUAACACACUCAGCUAUAAUCAAUGGGCAGAAAGAAACCGAUUCCACAUCGGAGACUCUCUCCUAUUCGUCUACCCAGAAGGCCAAGACUCAGUUCUCGUCGUGACAAACGACGCCUACAACAACUGCGACACAGACGCUUUACCCAUUGACAAGUUCACCGACGGCCACACGUCCUUCAUCUUCAACCGUUCUGGUUCUUUCUACUUCAUCAGCGGAAACAAAGACAACUGCCUCAACAACGAAAAGCUUCAUGUUGUCGUCAUGGGGGACAGGAGAAAUUCCACAAACCAGACAGCUCCAGCACUUUCCCCUCCACCUUCAGAGUCCAUGCCUGUGGCUCCAUCUCCUGCACCUGCUGGUGAAGGGGCGCCGACGCCGCCCACGGGGACUGUGGAAGCGAUAAACCCAGCUCCUGCUCCGGCCGACGAGGCUCAUCCACCAAAUGGUGCUUCUUCUUCAAUGAGCAUGUUCUUGAGUGGUUUGGUGGGAGCUUUUGUUGCUGCCUCGUCUCUGCUUCUAGUGGUUUAAACAAUUUUCUUCUAAAUAUUUUUAUAACUAAUAUGGGUUUUGCGUAUUUAUUCUUUUAAUCUUUUGAUUUGUUCAUGGGACUUUUCGUUCUGGGAGAUCUGAUAAUUGUUUGUUUGUUUGUCUGUUGAAGAGGAAUAAGUGACACUUGUAUGUACAGUCAUUGUAUGCUUGUCCCUAACACACAUAUAUAUAUAUAUAUAUGUAUGUAUGUAUAUGAGAAUAUUGAUAAAAGGAAUAAAAUUCUCACUACUGU